AUGAAGGCGUUUAUGAAAAAAAUAACAAAUGAAAACGGAACGGAGGAAUGGGUCCUUUGUUCCGCAAAACAGAAGUUUGAAGGAAAGAUGCCGUACAAUGCCUUUUUUUGCAAGAAGCUGAAGGAAAUUUUUGGAGAUAAAUUUACAAGAAACCAAUCUUUUAGGAACGCGUCAGGAACCUCAACUGAUCAAUUGGCUUAUUGGAAUUGUAUUCAUAAAAAAAGAAUUUCGCUUCGUAUAAAAAAAGAAGAUUUGAAACCUUUGAAGGGAGGCCUGACAGGCUUUGAGGCAAGAACAUCAUGUAAACAAUGCAUUCGUCGAUCAAAAGUGAAUGAAAUGGGAACUGAAGAUGUUGUGGGCGAAGAUGUUGUGGGCGAAGAUGUUGUGGGCGAAGAUAUUGUGGACGAAGUUAUUGCGGAUGAAGAUGAAGAAAUAUUCAAUUCCCCGUUGACAGAAAAUGAAACGGUUGGAAUAUCUAAAGCACUUUUAGAUUUGCUCUCCUUCUGUCGACAACGCAUCGAUCACAUCGUAAAGGAAUCAAUGCUGGCUAAUUUAGAGCAAAUCAUAGCACUUGAUGAUAUACCCUCUCAAAUUCGUUGCUUCAUUGACACUAUGCCUUCUUUAGGUGGAACGAUAAAUGGAUUUGUUUUGCAAGAAUGGAAUAUGCUUAGAACUUCUGCUUUAGAUGAAGCAUAUCUAAAAGAAAGAAACGAAUUGAGAGCUGACCUCAAGCGCAUUCGUGUUGUUGUAACAGGACCGAACAAAGAAGCGACUGCUAAAGAAGCAACAAAUUAUUUAGACAAGCAUCGAAAGGGUUUGAAAGGUGCAAGCACUCUCGAUUCAAAAAGUUCUGAAGAGCAAAUCAAACAUGAACAACGAUACAAAACACUUCUUUCUAGGAUGAAGCUUUCUUCUCAAGCUAAGGAAGGUCUUUUCAAGAUAUUAGAGGGCGAAGAAAACGAUGCAGGUUCAUCAACAACUCCUACACAUUCAAAAAAUAUAAAAAAUCUAAAUCCAAAAAAAUCACAAUCAGUUCCACAAAAUCCUCAAUCUGAUGAUCCACAAAAUCCUCAAUCAUCAGUUCCACAACCAACAAUCAUCUCAAGUCCACAAUCACCAUCUAAAAGACGUCGUUCACCUCAGAAAUUAAAUAUGAAAAGAAAAAAAUUGAAUAACAGAAGCGAUGAUUAUUCAGCAUGA